UGGUAAUGGAGGCUAGUGGUCUAUUCACAGGGGGUGUAGUUAGCAAGCUGUCUCCUUUCUCCUAUGUUCAGAACGGCCGGUUUUAUUUAUUACGAUUUGUUUACAACGCAAGGGAGGUCGUCUGAGUCAACCGAAAGCAGGCUGAACUGCCAUCCAGUUUUGGCAUGGCAUCAGACGGGGUUUCCCAAAACCAUGGUUCCAAGGGGAUCAUGACUUUUUACCCCACUGCUGAGGAAUUCAAGAACUUCAGCCGCUACAUUGCAUAUGUGGAGUCCCAGGGAGCACAUAAAGCAGGCCUGGCCAAAAUUGUCCCACCAAAGGACUGGAAGCCCAGAGGCUCUUAUGAUGACAUAGACGAUUUGGUGAUCCCUGCCCCCAUUCAGCAGGUGGUGACAGGCCAGUCAGGCCUUUUCACACAAUACAACAUUCAAAAGAAGUCCAUGACCGUCAGAGAGUUUCGCAAGAUUGCCAACAGCGACAAGUUCUGUAGUCCACAUUAUGAUGACUUUGAGGAACUGGAAAGGAAGUACUGGAAGAAUGUGACGUUUAACCCUCCCAUAUACGGGGCAGAUGUUAAUGGGUCUUUGUACGGCCGUGAUGUCAAAGAGUGGAACAUUUGCCAUUUGGACACCAUUUUGGAUACUGUUGAACACGAAAGCGGCAUCACCAUCGAGGGAGUUAAUACACCCUACUUGUAUUUUGGCAUGUGGAAGACCACCUUUGCAUGGCACACUGAGGACAUGGACCUCUACAGUAUCAACUACUUGCACUUUGGAGAGCCCAAAUCAUGGUACUGUGUUCCUCCAGAGCAUGGGAAGAGAUUGGAGCGUUUAGCUAAAGGUUUCUUUCCUGGUAGUUCCCAAAAUUGUGAAGCCUUUUUGAGGCACAAGAUGACUCUCCUCUCUCCCUCUAUUCUGAAGAAGUAUGGCAUUCCGUUCGAAAAGAUUACUCAGGGGGCUGGUGAGUUCAUGAUAACUUUUCCCUAUGCCUAUCACGCUGGCUUCAACCACGGCUUCAAUUGUGCAGAAUCCACCAACUUUGCAACAGAGAGAUGGAUCGAGUAUGGCAAGCAAGCCGUUUUGUGCUCGUGCCGCAAAGACAUGGUGAAGAUUUCCAUGGAUGUUUUUGUGAAGAAAUACCAGCCGGAUCGCUAUGAACAGUGGCUGGCAGGAAAAGAUGCAUCACCCAUCGACCACACACGGCCCACCCCCGAGGCGAAGGAGUUCCUAGGGGAUUCCUAUGAUAUCACCUGCAACAGUAACUCCAUGGAGAGCUGUGGGGAGGACGGAGAGCGGAAGAGUGCUACACACAGGAUAGAGACAAAGAGACACAGAGUUUGUCUGGAGGUGCCUGAGGAGGUUGUUCCCAAGGAUGAAGAUGAGGAAGAUGUGGAGCUGUAUGGGAAGCGUCCCAGGCUGAGCCUUAUACCGCCACGUACUAUGUCACAAGAUGGCAAGAAAAUAAAAGGCCCACCAAAACUGGUUGUCACACCAACCAAGCUCACGUUGUUGGAUCCAUUUCACAGAAGCCUGACCCAAAGCAACAGUGACGUCGUCCGCGCCCCACAUUAUUCCAAGACUCGUGCUCCUGCAAUCUCGUCUCAGUCCCAGCCCAGAAACGGACAUAUGUCAGUUUCAGCUGCACCUUCGUGGACAGAAGCCCCCGCUCAGCCUGCGCGCAAAAUGGGAGUAGCCAGCCUGCUCUUCCACAGGACUCUGGAUCCAAAAGAGACUCUCCAAGUGCAAAGCUACACUCUGGUGAAGCAUCAACAGCCUCACACACAGCUGCAGGUGCACAGCUAUGCCCGAGAGCAUCAACCCCGUCACCUCCAGCACAAAACCUGCACACCAUCAGUCGCUCAGGGCCAGCCCUCGCCUCAGGCACCGGGCUGCGAAAGGAUAGAGCCACAACCAGAGUCCAAGAUUAUUCUUACCAAAGCAGCCCUGAAUGAAUCAGCAGCACAGAGUCUUGAGGAGCUGGAUCAAAAGGAUGAAAAACCUGAAAUAUCAGUCACUGCUGAGCCUCCGGCUAACGUGAAACCAACUGUCAAGACUGCUUUCUAUCUGCCUCAAACACAACUGAAAGAGUUGAGCAAAACAGAGAUGGAUGUCCCUAUGAACAACAAGCGAAAGAGUAAGCAAUCCCCCCUUGAAGAUAGUGGCAUUAUCAUCCUGAAUGACACCAUUCCUGUCAGCAAACCAAUCCAGGCUGAGGUGAAGGUGGUCCCUCAGAAUCAUCACCAGGUGUCAGAAGAGCAGUCGUACUGCAAGUCAGUUGUGAAGAAGCUGCAGCAGCAGGCGCAGCUCUGCCAGCUGCCCCGCCAUCACCCUCUGUUCAGAGAGGAGCACAGCGACGACGACGACGAUUACAUAAAUGAGGAGUUUGAGCAGGAGGAGACCGAGGAGUGGGCGAAGCCGCUGACCCAGCUGUGGCAGUCCCGGCCGUUCAACCCUCGCGCAGAGAGAGAGUACAACAAGAGCAUGGGCAAGAAGGCACCCUACUGCUCCAUCUGCAUGCUCUUCCACACCUACCAUCAGUCUGAGUCCAGCAGUGGGAGUUCCAGCGUGGCGUUGGUAAAUCGUCCAGGGGGCCGCCAGUUUUCCAAGCCACUCAUCCCUGAAAUGUGCUUCAACACACAAUCUAGCAAGACGAAUGAUAACGGGGAGGGUCAGCUGUCCAACCCUCAUAUAGCCGAGGACGGGACCAGCCGGCUGGUCACCUGCGCUCAGUGCUGCGUCCGCGUACAUACCAGUUGCUACGGUGUGUCUGGAGAUGGAGCAGAGCUAGACGACUGGCUGUGCGCCCGCUGUGAUGCAGGAGCCAUCACUGAGGACUGCUGCCUUUGUUCCCUGAGAGGCGGCGCUCUGCAGAGAGCCAACAAUGACAAGUGGGUUCAUGUGCUCUGUGCCAUCACCGUGCUGGAAGCUCAGUUUGUCAACGUCACUGAGCGAGGGCCCAUUGACCUUGCUACCAUCCCGCUGCCACGCUUCAAACUGAAGUGUGCAUACUGCAGGAAGCGGAUGAAGAGGGAGGUGACUGGCUGCUGCGUCCAGUGCUCCCACGGGCGCUGCUCCACGGCGUUUCACCCCACCUGCGCCCAGGCCGCCGGGAACCUCAUGCACCCGGACGACUGGCCCUUCAUAGUCUUCAUCACCUGCCACAGACACAAAACGCUCGUCAUACCCGAGCGCAACCGGGCGUCCAUGCGGGAGCUGGUCAUCGGGCAGAGGGUGAUAUGCAAAUACAAAAACACCCGGUACUACCACAGCGAGGUGGUGGAGCUGACCACAGCCACUUUCUAUGAGGUGGUGUUCGACGACGGCUCCUACAGCGACAACCUCUUCCCAGAAGACAUUGAGAACCGUGACUGCGUCCGCCACGGCCCCCCCGCCAAAGGUGAAGCAGUUCAGGUGCGGUGGACAGACGGGUUGAUAUACGGAGCCAAGUUCAUGGCGUCGCACUCCAUCCCCAUGUAUCUGGUGGAGUUUGAGGAUGGAUCACAAAUCUCUGUGAAGCGAGAAGACAUCUACACUCUGGAAGAGAAUCUGCCCAAACGAGUCAAGUCCCGACUGUCGGUGGCGUCAGACAUGCGCUUCGAGCUCUUUUCUCAGAGCAACGUCAAGCAGAACUCCAAAAGGCAACGAGUGAUCAACUCACGGUACAGAGAGGACUACAUCGAGCCCGUCAUUUACAGAGCCAUCAUGGAAUGAGUCGUCGUCCUCCUCCUCCCUGUGCAGAGAUGCAGCUCCAGGUUUCUGAUUCUCAGUUUCUGGCUACUGCUAAUAGGAACGACCCCCCAUCCUCUUCCUCCUGCAACUCUUUCUUCCGUGGCUUGUCAGGCUACAUAUUUAUGAACUACGGCUGGGACUUUAAAAGACUUUUGUCUGCAUCAAAUACUAUUCUUUGACCUCAACCCACAUCCCAUGUACAUCAUCCAUUUCAUUUUCCUUUUUCUCAGGAAGAAGCCAUCAAUCAAUUCUUAAAUAUGGGAAAGGUUUGACAUCUAGGGCAAGAUAUAUUGUUUCCUCUACCACCCCGUUUAGGACAGUUUUCUACUUGUGACAAUUCUUCUAAAAUGAAGGUUUGGCUCUUGAUUUACAGCCUCAUGUUGUUUUCAUAACAAUUGAUCAUAAUAUUUUGUAGUGAGGGUUUAAAGGAACCAUUAUCUUUGGUCAGUUUGUUUUUAUCUAUCACCUGUUGACUAGAAAAAAACAAAUCAAUCAGGAACUGUUUUAGAUGCAACCCCAAAGAAGUCACCUUUUGACACAUCUCUGGAUUGUACUUCAAGUGAUGCAUGGAGUGAUAAGUGUGUGUCAAUGUGCAUCUACUGUGGAGAUAAAAACAAAAUUAGACAUGUUUGGAAGGCCCAAGCCUUAGAUUUCCAAGGGCCAAGCAUACUUUGUUUUUUUUUUUAAAUGUUAAGGUUUAUUCAAACUAUUUUAAUUAUAUUUACAGUUAUUAUAACAUUUUAUUUAUGUGUUAAGUUUGAAAACAAAGCUAUUUUUGUCAUGUCCUUUUCACAAUAUGUAGGAACCCUAAGAUGUUUUUAGAUUUAUUAUAUUGAUGGGUUUUCAGACAAACAGAUUACAUUUUGAGACUUGCCCUCCUGUACUGGGAUCAGAGGGUGUGAGUGCUCUGGCUCCAGUCCCUCUCGAAGCAAAAAGCACUUAUUUUUACUCCUGCCUGCCACAGGAGUUUACCAUUUUGUUGACACAUGUCCUUCACCCAGAUUAGCUUUGUUGUGUUUCUGAUAAGCGCUACUGUAGCUCUAGAUGUACAUGGUUCUAGGUUGAUCCCAAAUAAAUGAAAAGAUUAAAGCAUCCUUUUGAAGUUUC